AUGUUACGAAAGCAUAUUUGGGCUCAAUUAUUGAUAUUGCUAUAUACAAUUGGGUUCGCGACAGCUGCGCAAGUAUCUGGGAUCUUCAACAGUUUUAAUUCACUUACAUGGGCCCCAGGAGGUGCGGGUUACGUCAACCCCUCGCCAAACAACCCUACAUGGACGGCCGUUUUGGGCUGGUCGCUAGAUGGUACUAAAGUAAACCCUGGUGAUACUUUUACGUUAAAAAUGCCGUGUGUUUUCAAAUUCAUCACUACGCAAACUUCUGUUGAUUUGAUUGCCAACGGAGUUUCAUACGCUACAUGUCAAUUGAAUCCCGGGGAAAUUAUUGUUACCUUUUCAACAUUAACUUGUACUGUGAAUGCGGCUUUGCAGUCUAACAUACAAGCUACAGGAACAUUGUCGCUUCCAUUAACGUUCAACAUUGGUGGUUCUGGAGGAAGUGUUGACGUAGCAGACGCUCAGUGUUUCAAAGUGGGUCAAAACACAGUCACUUUUACCGAUGGGCCAAACUCAAUUUCCAAAACAGUCAAUUUUGGAAAACCUGAUUACCGAGUAACUGCUGACAUAGCUCCUGCUUUUAGAACGGUUCCUUCAUUGAAUGAAGGUCAACAUUAUCUUCUUGGGGCAAAUUGUCCUAAUGGAUAUACUUCAGGAACAAUUGGACUUGCAACAGCAAAUGGUGCCCUGUUUGAUUGUUCCAACUGGCACGUAGGCUACUCAAACAACCUCAAUGAGUGGGGGUUUCCAAAAAGUUUUUCUUCGGAUUAUUCAGUAACAAGUCUGUGUCUGAGCUCGCAAGUGCUUGUCACUUUUAAAAAUGUUCCAGCCGGCUAUAGACCAUUUAUAGACACAUUAUUUAGAGUUCCAAACGGUCAAGCAGUGGCAGUUACAUACAUUAACGAGAUACAAUGUGUGGGAAGUUCAUCUAGUCUCGAUUUUGGACAGAACUCUGUUUCUUGGGGAACUUAUCAGAACAGUGCAGCUGGAGCCGAUGGUGUUGUUGUUGUACUUACGACAUCAACCAUAAGUGGAUCUACUACAGGAGUUACAACGUUGCCAUUUUCUUCCGGUGUCGACAAGACCAAAACCAUUGAGGUUAUUCAACCAAUUCCAACCACUACAGUAACAACAUCCCAUUAUGGACUUUCCACAUCAUUGGUUACAAUCACCAAUUCUAUUGGAGGCACUGCCACUGUCAUUGUUGAUAAUCCAUACCACUCAACUACAACCUUGACCUCAUUUUGGACCGGCACUAAAACUACCACAUCUACCAUUACCAACCCUACAAGUGCUGUAGAUACAGUUAUUGUCAAUGUUCCCAAGAAUCCAACUAUCACCACUACCACUUUCUGGACAGGUGCAUCGUUGACCACCAGCACUGCCAAGAACCAACCUGGUGGCACCGACUCAGUCGUUGUUGAGUACCCGUCCAAUCCAACCACAACAGUGACAGAAUUUUGGACUGGCCAAUUUAUUUCCACAUCGACUGAUACUCAGGGACCAGGUGGAACCGACGUAGUUCAUGUUUUGGACCCACCAAAUCCUACGGUUACAACUACAUUGUUUUGGACAGGAAGCCAAACAACAAUCACAAGAGUAUUCAACCUGCCAGGAGGCACUGAUCUGAUUGAAGUCCUUUACCCUUCAAAUCCGACUGAAACUACCACCGAAUUUUGGACUGGUAACGAAAUUACAACUUCAACUGAAACUCAUUCACCGGGUGGAACUGAUAUUGUUCACGUGUUUGAUACAGCAAAUCCUACAGUCACCACUACCAAGUUUUGGACGGGAAGUUUUGCAUCAACAACAACUCAAACCAAGGCGCCAGGUGGAACUGAUACUAUCGAAAUAUUUGAUACAGCCAAUCCAACAGUUGUUAUUACUACAUUUUGGACCGGAGAUGCCGUGACGACAACAACAGAAACAAAUGAACCUGGCAGUACCGAUAUUGUUCACGUCUUGGAUCCUUUCAAUCCAACUGUCACCACCACCGAGUUCUGGACCGGGGAGAAUGCCACUACAUCAACACAGACAUUUGGACCUGGCAGUACUGACAUCGUGCACGUCUUGGACCCAGCUAAUCCUACUGUCACCACCACCGAUUUCUGGACUGGCCUUGAGGCUACGUCGUCAACUGAAACAUUUGGACCUGGCAGUACCGAUAUUGUGCACGUCUUGGACCCAGCUAAUCCUACAAUAACUACCACUAAGUUCUGGUCUGUGUCAUAUGUGACUACCUCAACGGUUACUAACAGCCCUGGGCAAACAGACUAUGUUGUUAUACUCGACCCGAAUAAUCCUACGACAACUAUUACUGAAACUUGGUCAGAAAGUUAUACUACAACGCUAACAAGCUAUAAUAAACCAGGAGAAACUGAUACAGUAAUAGUCGAAGCUCCGUUUUCAAGCUCAAGCUCAUUCUUUGUGCUGUACCCUUCAAUUUCCUCAACAAGUAUGAGCUCGCUGGAAACUGCUUCUGUACCUACCGAUUAUUCUUCGAGCCAGACUUCUGCCGAUAUUGAGCCAUCAGGUCCUGAUAUAUCUUCAGCUGGACCAAGCAAUUCGUUCUCAGAUAUGACAUCGCCUACUGAUUCAAUGAGCUAUAUGACUUCGGUGGAUUCAGAAUCAGGUACAGCAGACGUUCUGUCUGACAUUUCCAGCAGUGAAGCAAAUGGCAUUUCAUCACUGGUUCCAUCUUCAAGUGAAACAAGUUCAUCAGAGUCAUCUUCAAGUGAAACAAGUUCAUCAGAGUCAUCUUCAAGUGAAACAAGUUCAAGCUCAGUGUAUUCAUCAACAAACAAAACAAGUGCAAAUUCAUUUGAUCCAUGGUCUAGUGAAACAAACACAUUAGAGCCAUCGACAGGUGAAACAAGCCCAAGCUCAUGGGACCAAUCGUCAAGUGAAACCAGUUCAUGGCAACCAUCUUCAAGUGAGACAAGUUCAGUAUAUUCUUCAUCAAGUGAAACAAGUGCAUUGUAUUCGUCGUCAAGUGAAACAGGUUCAUCGGAGUCAUCAUCAAGUAAAACAGGAUUAUUGGCUCCCGAUUCAAGCUCAGAUGUGAAUAUUGAAAGUUCCAGUUCAUCAUUCCCAACCUUGCAAUUGUCAUCCGUCGAAUCCAAUUUAGCUUCAAGUCAGAGAUCAACUUAUGCAUCGUAUGGAAAUACAAGUAUAGACACGAAUACUGCUUCAUCUUCCAACCCUGCACCACAAAGCUCACCUUUACCGGCAGACAGUACUACAGUUGAUGAAUCAUCAUAUGCUUCAAUUACAUCAGGCGAACCGAUAAAUACAAUCACAAGCUCAUCUGACAUAGGCCCUAUAUCAACCGAUCAGAGCUCUCAUACUGCCCCAACUGAUCCUGCCAGUAGCGACUCUGGUAUUGAUUCAAACGUUGACACUAGCUCGCUUACAAGAUCUGUAUCGUCAUCUGAUUCGAAUCAAGUUACUGAGUUGUCUAGUUCCAACACAACCCCUGUCAUUGACUCCCAAACAAUAACACAAUCUGCAUCCGAUACUAAUGCCAUUGAUCCUGAUUUCAGCAGUACUCAGAGUGAGAACGAAUCAAGUAGCCAAUCUCAACAAAAUGAAUCAAAGGCAACAUCAAAUCUGGAUGCUGCACAACCCACUUCUGUCCAAUCUAAAAGUUCACCUGAACAGUCCCAAACAAUUGAACCAUCUUUGCCAUCACAAAAGACGUCUUUGGAACGUCCUGAAGCAUCAGCGACAUUAGAACCUACUGGUUCUACUCCUUCCGUUGAUGCAAUUAGUCCUUCCCAGUCGCAGGUCGUUGGAGAGACAAAGAGUGUACAACCAUCCCCAGCACAACCAUCCUUGGGAUCUGCAACCCCUGCAACCAUCGAAGUUCCUUCUUCCAGUGGUGUAGCUGCCAAUACUCAGUCGUUAGUACCUGGAAACACAAAUCAAGGCAAUGAAUCCAACCAACCUGUUGCAUCACCAACGACAUCUUUGCCUAGUUCAAUAGGAUCCAGUGAACCAUUGCCAGUUGAACCUUCAAGUUCACAAAAUACAGUUCAGCCAUUAAGUAACCCAUCAUCUGUUGACAGUUUCUCCCCAUCAUCAGCUACCACCACAACUACUCCUACAAAUACAUGGUGGACAUUAUCACAGCAACAACAACAAUCUUCUUCUACGUCGACUUCUUCUUCAGAAACAUCAAUGACACCUAUAAACAUCUACGAAGGGUCGGGAUCAAAGAUCAGCCCCAAGUGGAUCUUGUCUAUUUUGACAUUGAUUUUCAUUUUCCAGUAA